UACGAGCAAGAGCGGCUUGCGACGAGGAGCUAGUUCUAGAAGACGGUUCGUUUUGGAGUGCCUGCUGUUCACUGUGCAGCUUGUUUGGCAUAAUGUGCUGAUAAAUGACUGGUAGAUAAUAUCCUUGAAGGGAGAGGGCCGGAUGGAUGCGACGACCGCCCUCUCUACCUCGAACGCAACCGCCUCUGUGGCGCUGCGAGCAGGCGAACGCGCCGGCGGUCGGUGCGGCGCUCAUGUGUGGCUCAAUCAGCAGCAACCUGUGGCGCAGCCUCGACAAGGGGCGUUGGUCCGGUUGCCGGCCCCCUCGCGUGGCGCCCAUGGCAGCCAGCGAGGACAGUUCGCGCUGGCCGCAGCUGUGGGCGAUGAGCAGAUGCUGUUGAGCAUGAUGCUUGACCCGGGCAUUUCCCGCGACCGCCGCGACGGCACAGCUUCCGCCAGCAGCCUGUCUCGGGCACAGCAGGCCACAUGGGUGCCCCGGCGCCGCGGCGCCGCGCCAGGGCCACUGCGGCAGCAGCAGCAGCACGGGCACGGGCGGCGUCCGCAGCACAGCACGCUAUCGGCAUCCGCGAGGCGCAGCGAGGGGCCGACAGCCGAACCCAAACCGGAUCCGGAUCCCGGGCCUCCGCCGGAUCAGGCCGCUGCUGAUGCAGACGCGGAGUCCAGCGGGCCGCAGUCCGGGUUUGCGGCCCGGCGCCACGCGGCGCCGGCGGCGCGGCAGACGGUGGCGCGGGGGACAGCCUCGCGCCACCGCAACGCCACGGCCAGCCUGCCGGUUGCGGAGGUGCCGGAUGCUGAUGGCGAGGCCGGGGCUGGGGCUGGGGCUGGGCUCGGAGGCGAGGAGAGGCAGCUGCCCGCUGUGUUUCUCAGCGGCCGCGCCGUCAGCACCGGCUACCUCACACCGGAGCUGCUGCUGCUGCCGCCGGAUCAGCUGGAGGAACGGCUCACGCAGCUGUGGAUGGACACAGGCUCGGUGCAGAAGAUCAACUCGCACAGCAAUCACGCCUGCGACCGGCUGCACAUGCUGGCAGACGCGGGCUGGCUGGGGCCGCCCGCUGUGGCUGCUGCUGCCCCCCGGGGACGGGGCGACAACAGAGCUGGGCUAGCGGCGGCGGAGGCGGCGGUGCGGGCGGCGCAGGAGCGGGCGCUGGCGGCGGUGCGGGCGGCGGCAGCGGGUGGCGGCUAUGCGUUGCCGGUGCCGGAAGUCUUCUUGUCCAAGCGCCUCUACAAGACGAACUACAUGACAUUGGAGUUGCUGAUGGGGCCGGUGGCGGAGCUGGAGGCUAAGAUGGUGGAGGAGUGGUCAGGGCUGGAAACACCUCUCAAGUUGAUGCGCCAUAAGGCCGAGGCGGAUAAUCGCCUGCGGGCGCUGGAGGCCGCGGGCUGGUUCAGUGCCAGCGCCGGCGGCAGCAGCGGGAGCCGCCGCGGCACCGGGAGCCGCGGCACACGCAGCACGCAAAGCGCUGGCGGCAGCGGCGCUGCCGGCCAGGCCCAGCUUGGGCAGCUGACGCCAGCAGACCUGGAGGAGCGCCUGAACGUGCUGCACCGUGUGUGUCGCCCGCUGCGCGCCAGAUUCACCUCAGAUCCGGAGACGGAUCCGGAGGCGGAUGCAGCUGCUGGUGAUGCUGCUGCUGAUGUUGUCGACGAUAAUGAUGGUGAUGAUGGUGAUGAUGAUGAUGUGCCGGCUGGAGGCAACGCAGUGGCGUCGAAGCCACUGGCGAUGCGGCAACUGGCAGCGGCGCAGUCAGGGGCGGGGCAGGCGGAGCAGGCGGCGCAUCUACAGAUGGUUCGGGGGGACGGGUACGUGCUGGAUCGCCAGCGGCGUUCCGGCGGAACCUUCGUGCCGGUCGGCACCGCCUAUCUCACCAAGUCCUGGCUCCUAGCGGCGUGCGGAGAGCCGCUUUCCGUUGAAGAGGAGGGCCCGGAGGCUGCGGACGCGCGCCUGGCGGCGGCGGCGAGCAACACGGUUGCCGCCAUGGCGGCGGCGGCCGCAACGGCGGCGGCGCGGGGCGGACCGAGCUGCCCGGGCUUGGCAGUGGCGCUUGUGGAGAAGAUGCGCGUCAUCUGCCCAACCAAGGACUCCGUGUGCUUCCACUCCAGAAAAGCGCGCAAGCUGCUCACGGAGCUCGGACAGGCCCGCGGCUGGGCGCCGGAGGUGCGCGCGGCGCGUGACGCCGCGGCGGUGGAGUCCCGGCGCAUCAGCUCCCUCGCGCUGGAGGCUUACCAGGCCGCGAGCCCGGAGCUGGCAGGGCUGCAGCCGCGGCAGCUGGCGGCGCACCUGCGUGUGGCGUGGCGAGAGAAGUUCGCUGCCACGGUGCAGAGGCUGGUGCCAAUCGUGGAGGAGCGGCUGCGCGGGAUGGCGGCGGCCGGCUCGCACCCCGCGCCGCAUCUCCUGGAGGCGCAGGUGGCGGCGGUGCGGCUGCUGCCGCUGCAGUGGCUGCCAUUGGAGCAACUCAUGACUGGGAGCCUGCCGCCCACCCCCGCGGCCGCAGCGCCGGCGCUGACAGGGAAGGGCAAGGCGGCGCGCAAGGCUGCCAGCCGUAGCACGAAAAGCGGCAGCAGCGCCGGGGCUGUAGGCGACGAGGCGGCGGAGGCGGAGGCGGAUCGCGAUCGGGAGCAGCUGCUGCAGCUGCUGCGCGGUCUGAGCGGCUCGGAGCUGUUGGAGCUGCUGGAGGCCAAGAUCAGCGACUGGCAGCUCAAGACGCUGUGCCUGGCGGAGAGCGAGGCGGAGGCGGCGCUGCUGACCGCCUUCAAGGAGGGCCGCUGCAGUCAGGAGCAGCUGCGGGACAGGUUGUCCGUGCUGUCAACUGCCAAGUGGCGGCUGCUGUGCCAGCCGGGCAGCAGCAGCAGCGGCACCAGUGGCAGCAACGGCUCGGAGGCUCCUGCGCCAUUGGCAGACGCCACAGGCGCCGUGGUUGAGGGCGUUGUCAGCGACAGCUAUGACUCGGAGGAGGACAAUGAGGAUGAGGAUGGGGAUGAGGAUGAGCUGGAGGAGGGGGAGGCGGAGGGUGGGGGCAAGCGCGGGAGCCCGCUGGUGGGGCUGGAGCUGGCGCUGCGGCCGCCGCAAGAGGUGGUGGCCGCGGUGCGGGCGGCGUGCGUUGAGCAGCCGCUGGUGUCUUGGCGGACACACGCCCAGCGGGUGCGGCUGCAGGCAUACCGCGCCCAGGCGGCGGGGCUGCUGAGUGAGCAGCAGUGCGAGGCGCUCCGCAAGGCGCUCGCCAAGGCGUUCCGCAAGAAGAAGACGAAGAAGCCGUCGCCUUUGUCGCGAGCCGCCUGGCUCACGCCGCAGCUGCUGGCGCUGCCGCCGCCGCAGCUGGUCGGCGCUCUGCGCGAGGGCUUGUUGGUCCACAACAACACCCGGAACGAGCUACGCAGCCAGGUGCGCGCAGCGCUGUUGCGCGUGCGCACCCUCUACGGCCUCCGGCACAAAGCCGGCGCCGUCAGCUUCGAUGAGGAUGGACAUGUCGAUGAUGAUGACGACAGUAAUGAGGGUGGUGUUGCUGGUGCCGGUGCCGGUGUUGAGGCCGGCACUGGGACGGAUGGCGGCGGCGGUGCUGGCGGCGGCGGCAGCGCGGCGGCGGCGCUGGGGGUGCGCGUGGGCGACGAGGCGGCGUUCGCGGCGGCGCGCGCCGCGGUGGAGGAGGCGGGGGUGCAAGCGCUGCAGGAGAUGUAUCGCAUGCGGCGGCAGCGACUGGGCGUCAACGCAGGCGAUGACGCAGACGACGAGUGGGAGGGCAGCGCGCGUAGCGCAGGUGCCGGCCCUCGCACCAACACCGAUGGAAGCAGUCUCGAGGGCGCGGGCGGACAGGAGCCCGGCGACGGCAGCCCUGCCAUCGAUGGCGAGGCGUCGGACAUGGAGGCGGCGGAGGCGGCGGAGCAGCUGCGGCGGCGGCAGGUGGCGGCGGGGCUGGGGGCGGGGCUGCAGGGCCUGCCGCCGCGGGAGCUGGCAAAGCGGCUGGGGCUGGUGGUCACGUUGACGCCAGAAGAAGUGCCGGUGGCGCUGCUGGACCCCAUGGUCCAGCACGUGCUGCGCUCCGACAUGCGCCGCCCGCGCCGCGCCGCCCAGCUCGCCGACUACCUCGCCGCCUCCGGGCUUGACAGCGAGGGCCGCCGGCGGCUGCUGCUGCCGCUGCGGCGGCGGCUGGACCGCGUGGAGGCGGCGGGGCUGGUGCAGAAGGAGCGCGUGGCGGAGGGCGACGCGGUGUCAAAGGACGCUGUGAUCAUGCUGCAGCUGCGCUCGCACGAGCUGCUGCUGCGCGUGCUACUGCUGGCGGCGUGUAGCGUGGCGCCUGCCGGUUCGGGUGAUGCGGGUGGCGAGGGCGCGGCAGGCGCGGGGGUUGCAGGGCUGGAGCCGGGCGUGUGGCCGGGCAUGGCGGGGCCGGUGCUGCAGCUGGCGCCCGAGGAGCGCGAGGCGCUGUUUGUGGGGGGCCUGGUGCCGCGGUGCGGCGGCCGCCUGAGCGAGGAGCAGCUGGCGGCGGCGGUGUCGGAGAUUGCGGUCGGCUUGGCGCCCAUGUCGCCACCCAACAAGAACUCGCUGAUCCAGAACACGCGGCGCAACCUGCGCCGCGCGUUUGAGGUGGGCAUGGCCAGCGAGGCGGGGCUCAAGCAGGCGGAGAUGCUGCUGCGGCUGGCGUCGGCGCAGGCGGCCUUCAUGCGAGCGGGGAAGAGUCUGGAGGAGGCGGCGGAGGCGGCGCUGGCGGCGGAGGAGACGGAGGCGGCGCGGCAGGAGGCGUCGGCGGCGGGGAUACCGAGCCCCGCGUUCUGGGAGCAGGCGGCGCAGGGGCUGGAGGCGCGGGAGGUGGCUGUGGGGGCGCUGGUGGAGCAGUGGCGGCCGCUGGGACCCAAGUCGCGGUUGGCGCUGCGCCGGCGCAUUUAUGCCUGGCUGGGCAGCGCUGCACUGGAUGGUGACAUCAGCUCACUGGCCGCCAAGAACGCGAUGCAGGUGAUGAAGGGCGCCACUCUGGAGCUGCGACGAGAGUGGACGCGCGUGGUCAUGGCUGCGGGCCGCAGCGCGCGCGACGGCUUGGAUGAGGAUUACCUGGAGGCACUUAUGACCGACCUGUCUGCGAUGCCGUCUGACGUGGAGAGCGAAGGACAGGGCCAGGCGGACGCGGCGGCUGGCGUCGCAGCCAGCAGCAGGGGCGGGAGCGAGGGCGAGGAGGGGUCUGGUGCCGAUGGCGACGACGAGGCGGAGGCUGCAGAGGAAGGCACAAGGCGGCGCCGUGGCGCAGGCAAAGGCGACAGCGAGAUGGCAUCCGCGGCGUUGGGAGAGGCGGCACGCGGCGCCGGCACGCCGGCUAAGCGCUCCGUGUCGUCCAAGCGGGGCACCAGUCGCAGCUACAUCAUUGCGCCCAAGCUUGCGGAGCUUGAGCCAGAGGCGCUGCGCGAAGGACUGGUGCACGAGCUAGCUGGUCUUGAAGCCAACAAGCGCAAGCACAUGGUCGUCCGGGUUCGCGAGGUGCUGCGCAAGCGCUUCGCGGAGGGCAGCCUGGACGGAGAGGGGCUGAGGGUGCGGCUGGAGGUGGUGGCGACCGCCAGUCGGGUCGUGGGCACCAUGCUUCAGCGCGCCGCCGGCAUCCGCACUAGCAUGAUCCGCUGGGGAGCCGGCCGCAACGCCAGGACCGCCAAGAGCGCCGACGCACGCAGGCUGCAUGAGGGAGAGCAGGGGGCGGACUGGGAAGGGACGGAGGCUAGCGAGGCGCAGGCUAGCGAGGCGGAUUUUGAUGAUGAGGACGCGGAGCUUUCGGAGGAGGCAGGCGACUUCCUGGCUACACAGGCACGAGGGCCGGGGCGGCGGCUGGCGACAGCCAAGCUCACCCCAGAGCAGCGCGCGGCACUGCCUAUCGCGUUGCAGCUGCUAGAGCCGGCGCAUCUGCAGCGCACGCCGCCGCAGCAGCUGCAGAAGGAGCUGACCACGGCUUGGGCGGCCCUGGACCCACACACGCAGGAGAACCACCACCAGUACGCUCGACAGCGCCUCCGCGCGCUCCGCAUGGAGGGCCGCUUGACUGACGACGAGUACAACGGCCGCCUCAACGCCUUCCUGGGCGCCUCGCGCGCGGUGCGCCUCGCGCGCGCCGGCGCCAGCAGCGGCCGCUGGAGCGGCGUGGCGCAGGCGGUGCAGAGCGCGGCGGUGGCGCUGGUGCGGGCGGCGCCGGCGGCCGGCGGCGAGCACGGUGCCCUUGCGGCGCUGGAAGCGGUGCGGUCCAGCCUGGCAUAUCAGUACGCCGAUGACGAGGGGGGCUUCGCGGCGGCGGUGGCCGCCGACGCGGCGGACUCCGGCGUGGUUGCGGCUGAGUCACCCAUGGCAUCGCUGGAAGUGCUGCAGCAGCGCGCGGAGGCGCUCCGGGUGAAGCGGGAGCGGGCGGGUGAUGCGGCGCCGUCCGCCCACGCCGAGCCUGCGGCCGAGCCUGCGGCCGGGGUGGUGGCGUCAGGGGAGGCCGGUGGCCAGUACGAGUUUGUGUUGACGGCAGUGCUGGGCAUGGAGCCGGAGUCGCUGCUGCGGCGCUGGGCGGCGCUACCUUACCGGCGGUUCACAAGCCUGCUGACGAGCAACCGGCGGCUUCUGCAGCAGGCGGCUGAGCCGCCGCUGGAGCUGCUGACGCAAGCGCAGCUGGCGGUGGCGAAGCUGGAGCUAGAUCUGUGGAACGAGAUGGCAAAGGUGCUGCGAAAGGACAUUGCCAGCGUGGCGCUGUCGCGCAGCGUGUCGGCGCGAGCGAACGCACGGCGCGAGGAGGGGGCGGUGCAGGGCCCGAAGGCCGGCGGGCCCAGGACCGCCUCCACCGCCCGACUGAGUCUGCAGCAGAUGCUGCACUUCAGGCCCGCACUGAUCGGUCGCCUGAUAGGCAUGGGCGUGGACCUGUCGGAGCCGCCUGACGUGGCGGCGGCGGCUGCGGCCCUGGACGGCGCCGCCGGUGCUAGCAGCGGCAGCGGCAGCGGCAGCGGUGGCGGUGGCGGUGGGACGCGGGCGUACGGCCGUACGACGCGUGUGAUGGGGCAGAUACAGGCGGGCGCGCACCAGCCCUACCACGCCUAUCAGUCGCAGCUUCCUGACGUCGAGCCAGACUCGGAGCAGCUGGAGCAGGAGGGGCAGCCGGGCGCGCAGGCGGGCGCGCAUCAGGCGGCCGGUAGCACCAGCACCGACGGCGGCGGCGGCGGCGGCGGCCUGUCCCCGGCUGCGGCUAGGAAGCUGAUGGCCGCCGGCCGCAAGUCGGAGGCGAUGUUGGACCACCGCAGUUAUGAGCGCCUCAAGGCCUUGCUGCAGGAGAAUCCGCCUCUGUCAAAGCUGCUGGCGCCGCCUCCCCAAUGUCGCGCCGCCGCAAUUGAGCACUUCACAGCUGUGGGUGGAGUGAAGGAGGUCAAGCACAAGGCGCAGGCGAUGCUGGAGCUGCGGCGGCGGCUGGAGGCGCUGGCGCACUGGGGCAUCAUCGGGCCCAAGCUCCUCAUGCAGCAGCUGGAGGCGCUGCUGUCGGUGUCUCGCGCCUGGCCGUACAUCAUGCGCGGCGCGGAGUUUGACCUUGAGGCGGGGGUGGUCAAACUCGAUGACGCGGCACGCAAAAACCCGCUGUACGAGGAGCUCAUAGCGCUGAGCGACCCCCGGGAGCUCUCGGAGUGGCUGGCUGGCCGGUGGCGCGAGCUGCCCACCGCGGAGGCGCGGCACCGGGACUCCAACAACCUGCGCUGGCGACUGCGGCAGCUUGUGGAGCGAGGCGUGGUGGACGGCGACGCGGCGGCGGCGCGCUGGCAGGCGGUGCUCACGCUCAAGAGCCGCUGGCUGCAGUACACAGAGAUGGGCUGGAGCCUGGAGCAAGUGUUGAAGGCCGGUUACAAGUACGAGCGGGCCAACCUGUUCCAACAGCCCACGGCGGGCACCAAGGAGGCCCAGCCACGCAAGCCCCGCGCCAAGCCCGGCGACGGCUCCGCUGGGGACCUGGAGGGAACCGUUGCGGUUGCCAGCACGCGUAACCGUGUCGGGCGGCCUCGCCUCCUAGACAGCAGCAAGUCGGGCGCCGGCGGCGCCCGGCUGCUGCGCAGCACGCGCCGCACGGGCCGGCGCGGCGUCAAGCGUGCUGCGCGUGGCAUAGACUCCACCUAUGACGAGGACCUGGUGGAGACGCUGGAGGGACUGGGCCUCACGGACGCGGCGGAGGCGGCGGCGCGGUCGCUGGAUCUUCAGGGCGCGGAGGAUCGGGCGAGAGAAGACCGGCGGUGGGCGUCGCGCGCGCGGCUGCCGCCGCGUCCGCCGGUGAAGUCGCCGCACACGUCGGGCGCCGCUGGCGGGGUGUUGGACGUGGAGGCUGUCGUGGUGGGCCCGCCGCCCAAGGCGCAGGCGGCGGCGGUGUCAGGGCCGAAGGCGGCGGCGGCGUCGGCGGCGGUGGCGGCGGCAGCGCCUGUGCCAGGCAGGGCGGCGCUGCCCCCGGCGCCGGUCGAGGAGGUGCCGCCCGACGUUCUGAACAAGGUGGCCCGGCUUAUGGAGCUGGCGCGGCGGCAGCGCAGCCACCUGUUCGCGCUGCAGGGGCUGCAGGGGCUGCAGGGGCUGCAGGGGCUGCCGGCCGCGUCGGGCGGCGCCGCCCUCACGGGCGCCGCCACGAGCGGCAAUGGCGUGCCGCACCAGCCGUCGCCGCCAGAGGUGGUCGCCGCCGCCAAGGCGACUCUAGACGCGGUGGAAGCCAGGCUGGCCGCCUGGCGCGCGCAGCUGCCGGCAGCUGCCCUCUCCCGCCUGGACCUGAUGGACCGAGUCGCGCAGGAGGCGGAGCACCGCCAACUGCUGGAUGCGGCAGCGGCGGCGGCGGCGGCGGCGGCGGCGGGGGCGGCGGCGGCGGCGGCGGGGGCGGCGGCGGCGGCGGGCCCACUGACAGCGGCGCCGCCGCCGACCCCGGCGGCGGCGAUCACAGCAGCUCCUGCAGCACCGCCGCGCGUCUCGACGCCGACAGGUGCUGGUGCAAUUCCCAGUGUGGCUGCAGCGCCUGCAGCGGCGCAGGGUCAGCCGGGGCCUGGGGCAGUGGCGGCGGUGGCGUCUGCAGGGCCUGCUGCGUCGACGGGUGCCGCAGGCAAACGGAAGGGUGCGCGGCGAGCCACGGCUGACACCCUGCCGCCGCCGCAGGGGCCCGCUGCGGACCUGGAGCAGGUGGCCGCGGCGGGGGGAGGAUCCUCAGGCGCCGCAAGAAGCACAAGCUCCGGCCCGAGUGCCUCGAGUAGUAGCAGUAGCAAUAGCACUAGUGGCAGCACUACUGUCGGAGGCAGCACUAGCGGAGGCAGCGGAGGCAGCACUGCUGGCGGAGGAGGCAGCACUGGCGGCGGAGGUAGCGGAGGCAGCUGGCUGGCUGCUGCGCGCGAGCGCAUGCGGGCGGUGACGACCUCUGGUCCGGCGGAUGCUGCUGCGGCCGCUGCAGCCGCCACGCCUGGCAGCACCGCAGUAGCCCCGCCGGCUGCUGCUGCUUCGCCACCGACCACGGCGGAUGCGGCCGCCAGCACGACGGCGGCGGCAGGGGCGGCUGUAGCAGGCACGGGGCGGCAGCGGCAGCAGCGAGGCACGGUCGCGCUGCCGGCGGCACGCGGCGCCAAGGCCUCUGCGAGCAAGAGCCCGGCAAGCCACGCGCUUGCUGAUGUGGGCGAGGACGGGGGUAGCAGUAGCGAUGAGAGCACUCGGGGGAGCGGCAGGACCGGCACCGGCGGCACCGGGGUCAAUGGUAGGGCCAACGGGUUCCAGAAGCAGCAGGAGCAGCUGGUGCAGAAUGGAGCAGCAGUGGAUAUUUCGCAGCUGAAGAGCAAGUUCUUUCCGGGUGCCGCGACAGCGGCCAAGUAGGUAGGGGCGGGCUUCCUUGCGCCGCAUUUUCUACCUGGAGCCGCAACAGCUAGCAACGAAGUAAGUACUCGUACGUUCUGCAUGGUUCAUGCUGGGCGGCGUAUCGAGCCUACCCUAGCAAGAGCAUGAGUGCGAGGUGCUCGAGACAUAGAGCAAGACGGCCCUGGGGUUCACUAUCAGAGUGAGAACUGCGAGGUGCUUUGAGAUCUGGAGCACGCAGCGCAUUGUUGUUGUGUGGAGUGUAGGGGUUUGGACAUUGUGCAGGUGCAGACAGGCAGCUAGAAGGCAUCAGGCGGAACAAUUGUACGGUUUACAUCGGACUGUUUGCACGUUUGGUGGGCUUCAAACGACGAAGUUCGUUGCUAGCCUUUCGACUGGCAGGGUUUGCGGCAACACUGGGGUUGGUGGACCUGACUACUGCGACUUGGACAGCACGGUGCUGUAAUGUGUACUUGGUUGUAUUCGUACACUCAGGUUGUCCCGUACAUCUUGUAACGUCACAAGCAU